UUCUCGUCUUGAUGAUGUUGUAAUUUUUAAGCUUAAUUUUUUAGGGUUCAGCUUGUAGGCCUUUUAAAUUAAUUUUGUUGUCGAAUUUUUCUGUGUUUUUUCUCCGCCCAUUGUAUUUUCGUGACGAUUUUACUAUGCCUAAAGGACGUGGCCGUGGUGGAGCUGGUCAUAAAGGCCAACGCCGUCAUUUUACCAAUCCAGAUCAACUUGCAAAUGCAAAAGAGAAGAAAGAAAAAGAAAGGCAAUGGAGACAACAACGUGGUGAAUUAAGCAGUGAAGAUGAGUCUGAAGAAGGAUCUAAAAGUAGUUCUUCAGAGGAAGAAUCAACUGAAAGUAGUGGAGAAGAGGAAGGAGAAGAAGAAAAACAGGUAAAAGCAAAAGGAGUUCAGCAUUUGAUUGAGGUUGAAAAUCCAAACCGUGCAGUAAAAAAAGAAAAAAAAGUUGAAGAGCUAAAACUAGAUGAAGAAAAUGCACAGUUGUCCCGAAGGGAGAGAGAAGAAUUGGAAAAACAAAGAGCAAAAGCACACUAUCAAAAGAUGCAUGCUGCUGGUAAAACUACUGAAGCUAAAGCUGAUUUAGCCAGAUUAGCCAUUAUUAAAAAGCAAAGAGAAGAAGCUGCAAAGCGUAGAGAAGAAGAAAUUAAAGCUAAAGAGGAAUCUGAAAAAGCUAAAGCAAAUCUUACAAAAAAAGCAUUGGGAAGGAAAACGUAAUAUUUUAUUGCAUUUUGUGUAUGUUUAAUAAAAUUUCUUGUUCCGUUUU